AGCCUUCUAUUCUUAACAAGCGUGUCCGGUAAGCUUCAACUCCAAUCAAACCACGGCGCUGCCGCACAACCAACAAAGCACAACGUACAACUCUACACUCUCUUCUGCUUCUCGCACUUUUGUUGAUCGCCUCUUUCCUAUUCUCUUCUGUGCUAUGACGGUGUUGAGGUCCCGAGAAAUAGCGUCAACAUUCAAUUCCGAAGGUUCGCUACCAAAAGCCUUCGAGAAUGCGGUAACUGAACCGGUGACUCCAGCGAAAACCCUUGAAUAUUCGAACUAUUCAGUGAUAAAUACGACCCCAAUUUCUAGUUCUUCGGCUCCAAAUCCAGGUGUAGAAUCGGGGUUGGUGGCUGGUUCCAUUAUGGGUUCCGAAGCUGUGACCGUGCGGAGAAGUGCACGCUUGGCAUCAAAGCUUGAUCACCAGGAAAAUAUUGAGAUUAUGAGUGAAGAAAGGAAGAAAGUAAAGACAAAAGUUGAGAAUAAUCCUAGUGAGGGUGUAUGUGAGAUAGGGAAUUUGGAGAAAGGGGUUUUGGAUUCAGAUUUGGAGGCUGAGAAGGAAGGUGAGUUUUCUGAACAGAAAAUGACAGGAACUCGGCUUGUCAGUGGAUCAGUUCCUGUUUUGGAGGAAAGAAAGUUUGCCAAAGGUGUCGGUGAAUCUGGAUUUGGUUGUGAUGGAGAAACUUUGGGGAUUAAGAUUGCCAAUAAUGGGAAAGGGAAGGGGACAUAUAGCAUGGAGAUGGAUUUAGCUGUUUUGAAGUCAGGUAACAAGGAUGUGAAAGAAAGAGGGUUCUUUAACUUAAGAUCAGGAAAGAAAGUAGUGAAGAGAACAAUUGAAGGUGAUUUUGGAGGUCCUAGUAUUGGGUUGGAAGAAUUUGAGAGUUGGAAUAAUGAUGCUAAGUCAGGUUAUGGUAAAGAAAGUGAGAUUUUGUUGAAUGGUGACCGUGAUAAGACUGACUCAGAGAGAAACAUGGAAGAGGAUGUAUGUAGUAGUUGGAAGAAGAGAAGACUUAGUAGAGGAGAGAAAGGUAAAGGGAAAGUGGUUGGUAAUACUUCGCCAACAAGUAGUGCUGUUUCGGUGAAAUUGGAAGUAGACAAAGAAGUAGGGAUACUAAUUGAUGAAUCAAGCUCCAGGUUAUCUCAAAAUGUAGAUGGUAAAGUAGAAGUCAUAGGCCAAAGUGUGAUUGGAAUUGAAACUGGUGUGAAGACUAGAGCAAGACUGCGAAAAGAAGAAAAAGGGAAAGGAAAAUUGGUAGAGAAAGAUUCUUCCUCUAAUGAUAUGGAUGCUUUGGAUAAGAGGUUUGAGCUUAUGGUAGAAAAUAAAAAGGAAAAUGUUCGCGCAGGUACCAUCCGCUUGCCAGAAAAUGCAGCAUUGCUAGACGUGAAUAUCGUCAGAGAAACAGAUGCAAGAAGUCAUAAGAAACGGUUCAGAGAUAUAGCCAGACAAAAUGCAUCUCGGUUUGCACAUUUUUCUGCCCAAGAGGAAGAGCUGGGCCAUGCUGCUGCUGGUAUUGCUGGAAGAGCAAUUCCAACCUCUGAAGCUGUCAGUGAAAUAGAAGACUGGCCUGGUCCCUUUUCAACUGCCAUGAAAAUCAUUAAGGAUCGUGAGAAGAAUAUGCCUGGGCUGCAUGGUUCCUCAGUGGGCAAAAGUAAAGCUGUGGACCUAACAUGGGUUCCCAGAAAAGAUGAGAAAUGUAACCGCCAAAAGCAGUUUCCUCCCUCAUUGCAACAACUAUGCUUGUCAAUUCUAGCAAAAAAUGCUGAUGCUAUUACUUCACUUGACUGCAUCCCUGAUGUGUUGAGGCACAAGCUCUGUCAGUUGCUUUGUGAUUCCAGGAAGAUGAAUAGUCAUUUUCUUCAAUUGCUUGUUAGUGGAUUUCCAACAGAGAUACGUCUGAAGGACUGCUCGUGGUUGUCUGAGGAGCUAUUCAUUAGGACAUUUGAAAGUAUCGAUACCAACAACUUAACUGUGCUGCAAUUGGAUCAAUGUGGAUGCUGUCUACCAGACUAUACUCUCUCUGCUACCUUGGCCCAUUCACUUAAUAGUCUUCCUGCUCUGACUACAGUAUCGUUGAAGGGUGCAUACCGUCUUUCAGAUGAUGGACUAAAAGCACUUGUUUCUUCUGCCCCAUCUAUCACAUCUAUUAAUCUCAGCCAGUGUUCCCUGCUUACCUCUGUUGGCAUUUGCAGUUUGGCAAACUCGCUGAAAUCAGUUCUAAGGGAAUUAUAUAUAGAUGAUUGUCUGGAAAUAGAUGCUAUGCUUAUUCUACCAGCAUUGUUAAAGCUAGAGCAUUUGGAAGUUCUAUCACUAGGUGGAAUCCAGACUGUUUGUGAUAAGUUUAUCAGUGAAAUUGUAUCUGUACAUGGUUGCAGCAUCAAACAACUUGGUUUAGCAGGCUGCAUGCAGCUGUCUGAUUUAUCUUUGAAAGUCAUUGCAGCGACUUGUUCUGAAUUAAAAGUGAUAGACCUCACGACCUUGUGCACAUUGACAGAUACUGCAAUGGCACACCUUGCGAAUGGUUGUCGAGCAAUUCAUACGCUGAAAUUAUGUCGCAAUGCAUUCAGUGAUGAAGCUAUUGCUGCAUAUCUUGAGAUGUCUGGAGCAUCUCUAAUAGAACUGUCACUCAACGACAUUAACGAGGUUUCAAAUAACACUGCUCUAUCGCUUGCUGAACAUUCCAGAAAUCUAGUUACUCUUGAUUUGUCUUGGUGCCGUAAUUUGACCAAUGAAGCUCUUGGAUUAAUCGUGGAUAGUUGCUUAUCACUGGAAGUGCUCAAAUUGUUUGGAUGCACUCAGAUCACAAAUGCAUUUCUUGAUGGCCACUCGAACCCCCAAGUAAAAAUCAUUGGAUUGAAGAUGAGUCAAGUAUUCGAGCAUAUUAAGGAGCCAAAUUUACUUUAAAACUGCCAUGAUAGAGACCUCUGCUUUUGUGGGCAACUUUUCCACCUCUUGUCCGUUCGCAUCAAGGAAAAUGGCUUGAAGCUUUUGUCUGCAUAAUUUCAUGAUAUAGAUAUUUCUAGAUGUUUUCACUGGAAAUGACUCACAAUUCAUGAGUAGUUUCUUGAUGUAUGAGAAUUCAUAGCAUGAUAUCCAUCCAUUUUUGUGUAGCUUCUCUACAGUUUAUGCACUGAAGUCAAGACAGUAUACAUUAUGUAAAUGCUGUCGUGGCUCUUAUUUUGCUGCGAGCUUAUGAUGUUUGCUAAAUAUGUUAGUUAUAUUAUGGGUUGACCCUUACAUUGGGAAUUUUGUUGUAGUAGAAUUUGUUGACAGUGUGUUAA